AAAACUUGACAUGAAACGAACCUGAUAGAGGCUUUAACAGGUUUGAAAAGAUAAAGUUAGACUAGGAGAGGACAUUUUUGUAAACAUUGCUGUAUAAUAUUUUGUGAAAAUAAAGAAUGACAGAAAGUUCUGACGAGGGAUUGAAUGGUGGAGAUGGUCCCGAAGAGUCAUCAUGGGUUUUAUAUAAGGAUCGUAAAGAAUGGAGUGACGUGAUUCCUGUACCUCAGGAUGACGGUCCUCAUCCUAUUGUUGCAAUUGCUUAUUCUGAAAAAUUUAGAGACUCCUAUGAUUACUUCCGAGCUAUUUUAAAGUCUGGUGAAAAGUCUGAGCGUGCAUUAGCUUUAACGGAAGACUGCAUCUGGCUUAAUCCAGCAAAUUAUACUGCAUGGCAAUAUAGAAGAGAAAUACUUAAAGUUCUUGGGAAAGACUUGCACGAAGAAUUAAAGUAUGGUAAUAAAAUGAUAGAAUGCAAUUCUAAGAAUUAUCAAGUUUGGCAUCAUAGAAAAGUAAUCGUUGAAUGGCUGCAAGAUGCCAGCAAAGAAUUAGAAUUUACUGAAAAUAUUUUAAAAAAAGAUGCCAAGAAUUAUCAUGCUUGGCAGCAUCGUCAAUGGUGUAUAAAGACAUUUAAUUUGUUUGACAAAGAAUUGGAGUACGUAGAACAAUUACUAGAAGAAGAUAUUCGUAAUAAUUCUGCAUGGAAUCAACGUUAUUUUGUAAUAAGUAAUACAACAAAAUUUGAACAAAGUAUAAUUGAUAAAGAAAUUGAUUUUGCCUUGAAUAAAAUAGACAUAGUAAAAGGAAAUGAAAGUGCUUGGAACUAUCUUCAAGGGUACUGUUGUAUUUUAACACACGACAGCGGUGGUUUGGGCUAUAAUGAAAAAGUAAGACGGAAAUGCGAGGAGCUUUAUUCAGCCGGCUGUCGUACCAAUCAUUUACUAGCAUGUAUCAUAGACAUAUGUCAAGAGAGACCAAUGAAAGAAGAGUCGGCAGAUUCGAUAUUUCAUAUUAAUAAUGCUAUGAAGCUAUGUAAAGAAUUGUCCGAGAAACACGAUAAAAUAAGAAGAAGGUAUUGGGAUUUUGUUGGGCAACAGUUAUUGGAAAAAUUGAAACUAGAAUCACGAUAAGUUCUAUAAAAGUGUUUAGAUUACUUUACAUUUUUAUAGUAUACCCUUGAUGAUCAAUACGUUGAAAUCUUUUUACUCGAAAAGAUCUGUGUAUCAUAUAUUUAUAUGUUGAAAUAACAAUGAAUGUAUCAAUAUAAAGUAUAUUGUUCAUAAAAUUUGAUAAUGCAUUUUAAUCAAUAUUACACAUUAAUUAAAGAAAUCACUUUGAAAUAGUAACUGAAGAAGUUUUAUAAAUGGAAGAAAAAGUUAUUCUUAAAGAAUUCAUGAUACUGUACGCAAUAUUUUUAAGUACAAUAAGAAAUAGAAUAAGUUGUAUAAAUGUGGACGAGGAAAAAUAAAAUCUUAAUAACUUUUACAAAGCUA